AUGGGUGACUGGAGUCUUCUGGGGAGACUAUUAGAUGCUGCACAGGAGCGCUCCACAGUGAUUGGGAAGGUCUGGCUGUCAGUCCUGUUCAUUUUCCGGAUCCUGUUGCUGGGAGCUGGGGUGGAGUCAGUGUGGGGAGAUGAGCAGUCAGGCUUCACCUGCAACACCAAGCAGCCAGGCUGUGAGAACGUCUGCUAUGACCAGGCCUUCCCCAUCUCCCACACCCGCUUCUGGGUGCUGCAGAUCAUCUUUGUGUCCACGCCCACCCUCAUCUACCUGGGGCACGUGCUGCACAUUGUGCGCAUGGAACAGAAGAAGAGAGGGCACGAGGAAGAGCAAGUGAAGGGAGACAACGACCAAGUCCAGAGGAACAGGCACCCAGUGCAGGAUGACCAGGGAAAUGUCCGCAUCGCUGGGGCCCUGCUUUGGACCUACGUCUUCAACAUCAUCUUUAAGAUGCUAUUUGAAGUGGGCUUCAUUGCUGGACAGUACUUUCUGUAUGGCUUUCAGCUGAAGCCACUCUACCGCUGUGACAGGUGGCCCUGCCCCAACACGGUGGACUGCUUCAUCUCCAGGCCCACAGAGAAGACCAUCUUCAUCAUCUUCAUGCUGGUUGUGGCCUGCCUGUCCCUCUUACUCAACAUGCUGGAGAUAUACCACCUGGGCUGGAAGAAGCUUAAACAGAACGUGAAAAACCAUUAUGGCCCUGACACUCCUGACUCAACAGUUGGAGAUGUGAUCCCGCUGCCCUCCUGCUAGGCCACAGCCACUGGUACUGUGGGGUGCCCUCCUUACUAUACUCACUCUGCCUUUUCCCUGGGACAGGAAGUGGCCACAGCCUGUCCUGUCCCCCCACCAGCAACUGACCUCAAUGUGACAGCCCCACCCCUGACACGGGGGAAGAGCCUCCCUGACAAAUUGUACAACAGUAACCAUCACCUGCUAAUGACAGAGCAGAACUGGGCCAACCAGGAGACCAAGCAGAAGACAUCUGUUAGGAAGGUCCCCCCUGCCAUGUCCACAUCUUCCUCCUUUACCCCUCCAGGCAGCCCCCAGCCACUCCCACAGGAGGACAGAGUAGGCAGCAAGGAGUCUGUCCAGCUGGAGAAUGGGGACGGCAGCAGCUUGGGAGAGAGCAGACUGGAAGUGAUUCCCGAUGAGGGGCAGCAGGCAGUGACCACUGCUGUGGAGAUGCACCUGCCCCAUUUGCCCCCCACAGACCCCAGACAGUCAAGCGGGGCCAGUGAGUCCAGUGGCAGUCGGGCCAGACCCAAUGACUUGGCCAUCUAGUCAGCUCUAUAAUGACCUCUUUUCUAGCCACCAAAACCAAAGUGCACUUCAAAUGAGCAGGUAGAAAGCCUAGAGGGACAGAGGGCACUGGAGCAGGGGAG